AACUAUAAAUGCAAAAUCAGCGAGCUGUUUCUGAGUCUCCAAAUCAACUGAUUUCGUCUUGACCAAAAAAAAAAAAGAAAAACAAAAGCUAGGAAACCAUGGGAGAGGAGUUGAGUAUGACAGAAACGGAAAGAGCGGCCAUGAAUCCACACUUUGUGCUGGUACAUGGUGUUAGUGGAGGAGCUUGGUGCUGGUACAAAAUCAGGUGCCUUAUGGAGAAUUCCGGCUACAAGGUUUCAUGCAUCGAUCUCAAAGGUGCCGGGAUUGAUCAGUCCGAUGUCAAUUCUAUUUUAUCCUUUGAUGAUUACAACAAACCUCUCAUGGACUUCAUGUCUGCCUUGCCUGAUACUGAACAGGUAAUAUUGGUAGGUCAUAGUGCUGGAGGCUUAAGUGUAACAAAAGCCACUCACAAAUUCGCCAAGAAAAUCCGUAUGGCGGUGUAUGUAGCGGCCACUAUGCUGAAAUUUGGGUUCUUGACUGAUCAAGAUGUCAAAGAUGGAGUACCUGAUUUAUCCCAAUUCGGUGAGGUGUACGAAUUGGAAUUUGGAUUGGGACCUGAGCAGCCACCAACCAGUGCCAUUAUCAAAAAGGAAUUCCAGCGCAAAAUCAUCUAUCAAAUGAGCCCUCAAGAGGAUUCAACUCUAGCUACAAUGCUUUUAAGACCAGGACCGACCCUAGCAUUGCAGAGUGCUCGAUUCACAGAAGAGCCUGAAUUUGUGGACAAUGUGCCCCGGAUAUACAUUAAGGCAAUGCAUGAUAAUGUUUUAAAACCAGACCAACAGGAUGCUAUGAUAAAGAGAUGGCCGCCAUCUCAAUCGCAUGUUUUGGACAGUGACCACAGCCCCUUUUUCUCUGCCCCAUUUUUACUCUUUGGCUUGCUGGUUGAAGUUGCAACUUCAGCUGGAUAUAACUAGCUGGCCGCAUAAAUGUCAAACGAGAGCCUUAAUUCAUUAGCAUUCUUGUUGCAAAAGAGAAUUUGUUGUUAUUUUCUAGAGUGUGAAACCAAUCACAAUAACUACCUACAUGUCCUGAUAAAUAAAGAUUACUUACGAAAUUAUGAAUAUUCAGCUAAGCUGAUUUAUAGGCUA